AUGACAUCAGUUGGCCAGUCUCCCAGUAUGGACGUGCCUUGCCCCCUCCUGCCCCAGUGGGGGCCAGCCCUCCAGCCUCCCAGUAUGGACGGAAAUCCUUGCCCCCCCCCCAGCCCUCCUGCCCCCCCAUCACCAGCUGCUUUAGCCCUCCUGCCCCCCCAGUGGGGCGGGGGCAGCCCUCCUGCCUCCCAGUCCCAGUGGACGUGCCUUGCCCCCCCCAGCCUUCCUGCCCCCCCCAGCCCUCCUGCCCCCAGUGUGAAUGUGCCUUGCCCCACCCCAGCCCCCCUGCCUCCCAGUCUGCUUGACCAGUGGGGGCGGGCCCACCCAUCACCAGCUGCUCUACCAGUGGGGGCGGGCCCACCCAUCACCGGCUGCUCUACCAGUGGGGGCGGGCCCACCCAUCACCGGCUGCUCUACCAGUGGGGCGGGCCCACCCAUCACCGGCUGCUCUACCAGUGGGGGCGGGCCCACCCAUCACCGGCUGCUCUACCAGUGGGGCGGGCCCGCCGGCCCACCCAUCACCGGCUGCUCUACCAGUGGGGCGGGCCCACCCCCACCCAUCACCGGCUGCUCUACCAGUGGGGCGGGCCCACCCAUCACCGGCUGCUCUACCAGUGGGGCGGGCCCACCCAUCACCGGCUGCUCUACCAGUGGGGCGGGCCCACCCAUCACCGGCUGCUCUACCAGUGGGGCGGGCCCACCCAUCACCGGCUGCUCUACCAGUGGGGCGGGCCCACCCAUCACCGGCUGCUCUACCAGUGGGGCGGGCCCACCCAUCACCGGCUGCUCUACCAGUGGGGCGGGCCCACCCCCACCCAUCACCGGCUGCUCUACCAUUGGGGCGGGCCCACCCCCACCCAUCACCGGCUGCUCUACCAAUGGGGCGGGCCCACCCAUCACCGGCUGCUCUAUCCAGUGGGGCCCCAGCCCACCCAUCACCGGCUGCUCCCACCCACCAGUGGGGCGGCCCACCCAUCCCGCCCCCCAUCCCGCCCACCCAUCACCGGCUGCUCUACCACGGGCCCACCCAUCCCUGGUUGCUCUACCAGUGGGGCGGGCCCACCAAUCACCAGCUGUUCUACCAGUGGGACGAUGUCUGUAGUGGUUCCACCCAACAGCUCAGUUACCUCGACCCCCUCCUUUCUCUGGUCCUCCCAGCCCAGUUACCUCGACCCAGUCCCAGCCCAGUUACCUCCCCCUCGUUUCUCUGGUCCUCCCAGCCCAGUUACCUCAACUCCUUGUUUCCUGGUCCUCCCAGCCCAGUUACCUCACCCCCUCGUUUCUCUGGUCCUCCCAGCCCAGUUACCUCCACCCCCUCUGGUCCUCCCAGCCCAGUUACCUCCACCCCCUCUCUGGUCCUCCCAGCCCAGUUACCUCGACCCCCCCUCCCAGCCCAGUGUUUCUCUGGUCCUCCCAGCCCAGUUACCACCCCCUCGUUUCUCUGGUCCUCCCAGCCCAGUUACCUCCCCCCCUCGUUUCUCUGGUCCUCCCAGCCCAGUUACCUCGACCCCCUCGUUUCUCUGUUUCUCUGGUCCUCCCAGCCCAGUUACCUCGACCCCCCUCUGGUCCUCCCAGUUUCUCUGGUCCUCCCAGCCCAGUUACCUCGACCCCCCCUCGUUUCUCUGGUCCUCCCAGCCCAGUUACCUCGACCCCCCUCGUUUCUCUGGUCCUCCCAGCCCAGUUACCUCGUUUCUCUGGUCCUCCCAGCCCAGUUACCUCCCCCCUCGUUUCUCUGGUCCUCCCAGCCCAGUUACCUCGACCCCCCCCUCGUUUCUCUGGUCCUCCCAGCCCAGUUACCUCGACCCCCCCCUCGUUUCUCUGGUCCUCCCAGCCCAGUUACCUCGACCCCCCCCCUCCCAGCGUUUCUCUGGUCCUCCCAGCCCAGUUACCUCGACCCCCCCCUCGUUUCUCUGGUCCUCCCAGCCCAGUUACCUCGACCCCCCCUCCCAGUUUCUCUGGUCCUCCCAGCCCAGUUACCUCGGUCCCCCAGCCCAGUUACCUCGACCCCCUCUCUGGUCCUCCCAGCCCAGUUACCCCCAGCCCAGUUACCCCCCCUCGUUUCUCUGGUCCUCCCAGCCCAGUUACCUCGAGCCCCCUCGUUUCUCUGGUCCUCCCAGCCCAGUUACCUCGACCCCCCUCGUUUCUCUGGUCCUCCCAGCCCAGUUACCUCGUUUCUCUGGUCCUCCCAGCCCAGUUACCUCGACCGUUUCUCUGGUCCUCCCAGCCCAGUUACCUCGACCCCCCUCUGGUCCUCCCAGCCCAGUUACCCAGUUUCUCUGGUCCUCCCAGCCCAGUUACCCCCCCCCUCGUUUCUCUGGUCCUCCCAGCCCAGUUACCUCGACCCCCCCCCUCGUUUCUCUGGUCCUCCCAGCCCAGUUACCUCGACCCCCCUCUGGUCCUCCCAGCCCAGAUUCUCUGGGUCCUCCCAGCCCAGAUACCUCGACCAGGCAGAGAUAG